AUGUCGAGUACGGCUCAGCUUGCACAAUGCACUGCUCUGCGCAGCGUGCUACGAAAUAAGCGACUCCCUAUCGCUUCUCCUCGCCGCUGUAUUUACACUCACACGACCAACAACCGCAUACACACCUUAAGCAAAUACAUCCUCCAGCCCGCAACCACUCAACCAUCCAACCGAUAUUUCUCCCAGAGUUCUGCCCUAUUGAAGAAGAAAGCCUCGAAGGAAAGCUCAAAGGAUAAUGACAAGGCUGCGGCCGCCGGUGGUGCUGGCGCAGAAGACCCAUUUGACUUCUCUUCGCUUCACGAUAGCAUCAAAGAUGCCGUUACAAGACUAAAAGAAGACCUCUCUAAGCUCCGGGGCGGCGGAAGAGUUACACCUGAAGCCAUUGAGAAUCUACGAGUAUCAUUGCACAAAGUGGGCGGUGCUGAGGUUGGGAAGGGAAAGAAAGGCGCAAGCUCAAGCAGUAAGGACACUGCUAGGUUGGGAGAAAUUGCGUCUGUUAUCCCCAAGGGAGGAAGAUCGGUGUCGAUACUUGUUGGAGAGGAGCAUGAUGUCAAACCGGUCAUGUCUGCAAUCACAGCCUCUGAUCUAUCACUGAACCCCCAGGCAGACCCUCACAACCCGCUUCAAUUGAACGUUGCGAUCCCGCCUCCAACAAAGGAGUCUCGAGAACAGACUGUUAAAGACGCCAAAGCAGCUAUGGAAAAGGCAUCUAACAUUGUUCGUAAUGGACGUGCUGCCCUGAAUAAGAAGCUGAAGGGCAAGGAUCUUAAGAAAGCUAGGCCGGAUGAUGUACGAAAGGCUGUGGACCAGAUGGAGAAGAUUGCUGAGAAAGGUCAGAAGGAUGUGAAAGAUGUCUUUGAGGCGGCCAAAAAGGCACUGGAGGCGUAA